CUUGCGAUAACAGAGUUGCUGUCAUUCAUGUCAGGAGCGACGCCAUCUUUCUUCUUCUUCUUUUUUAGGGGCGACCAAUCUUAGGCGUCUUUACAGUCUUUACAAUUACCCAUCAUUCCCCAGAAACGUAUGACCUGUCCCUGGCCUUGGUGUGUGGUGCCGUGCAGCUAGUUGUCAGUGUCUGCAGGCUGUUGGAAUUAAAUUAAGGGUAAACCGGCUUGUGUUUUUAUCCGACAAGUCUGCGAGUAAACCGGGAGCUGAGCCACAAUGCUGAAAUGUAGGACUGUGUGGAAAAAGCUCGCUCCUUUGGCUAGAACUUCAUCAACUCUGUGCCGGCAGAAUGUGAGAAAAGCAGGUUUGAACAAUGGCAGAAUACCAACACACGUACCCACAGCUCACAUGUCCAGUGGGCUGCCAGGGGGAGGUGGGGAUAAUCUAAAGUAUGCCCUCCUGGUUGGAGCAGCCUCCAUUGGUGGCGUGGCAUAUGCGUACCAUACUAUGAAAGGAGACCAGCAAAGAUAUCAGGCGCGUAUCACUGAACUUUCGUCCAGAUCACAAAAAGCAGCUGCCAAAGAAUCAGUCACACCCAUCCAGCCCCAGCCUCCCGCUGUAGAAAACACUGAGACAAAAGCCACCACUGAGCCAAAACCUGAAGCAGCUCCUUCAUCCCAGGAGCCAAGCCCUCCAGCAUCAGGCACUGAAGCAGUAGCCACCAGUGAAACAACCGAACUGCCUCCAGCCGUGGGCUCCACACCUGCCUCUCUCAAGUUGCCCUCACAUGCCCCCUAUCUCCUCCUUGGUGGAGGUACUGCCUCUUUUGCUGCUGCUCGGUCUAUUCGAGCCAGAGACCCCGGUGCCAAGGUACUAAUUGUGACUGAUGAGCCAGACCUUCCAUAUAUGAGACCUCCUCUUUCUAAAGAGCUGUGGUUCUCUGAUGAUCCCAGUGUAACAGAAACUCUGCGCUUCAAACAAUGGAAUGGAAAAGAAAGGAGCAUCUACUUCCAGCCGCCGUCAUUCUACAUUAACCCAGAAGAGCUGGAUAGUGUAGAAAAUGGAGGAGUGGCUGUUCUCACUGGAAAAAAGGUGGUUCACAUGGAUGUGAGAGGAAACAAAGUAAAACUGGACGAUGACACUGAGAUUUCAUACGACAAGUGCUUGAUUGCUACAGGUGGCGUGCCAAGAAAUCUCCAAGUCAUUGAAAGAGCAGGAGAGGAAGUGAUGAAGAGGACCACUUUGUUCCGCAAGAUUGAGGACUUCAGAUCUCUGGAUAAGGUCUCGAGGAAUGUAAAAUCCAUCACCAUCAUCGGAGGUGGCUUCUUGGGCAGCGAGCUGGCUUGUGCCCUUGGCAGGAGAUCUACUGAGUCAGAUCUGGAGGUGAUACAGAUGUUCCCUGAGAAGGGUAACAUGGGAAAAGUGCUACCCGAGUAUCUGAGCAACUGGACAACAGAAAAAGUCAAGAAAGAGGGUGUAAAGGUUCUUUCAGAAGCUUUGGUGAAGUCUGUGACCUACAAAGAUGACAAAUUAGAAAUCCAUCUAAAGGAUGGUAGAUUGGUGAAAACUGAUCACAUUGUUACAGCUGUUGGCCUAGAGCCAAAUGUUGACCUUGCUAAGUCAGGUGGUCUGGAGGUGGACUCUGACUUUGGUGGCUACCGGGUAAAUGCAGAGCUGCAAGCGAGGUCCAAUAUUUGGGUGGCAGGAGAUGCUGCGUGUUUCUAUGAUAUCAGACUAGGUCGCAGACGUGUGGAGCACCACGAUCACGCUGUUGUGAGUGGUAGACUAGCUGGGGAGAACAUGACGGGAGCCAACAAACCCUACUGGCAUCAGUCCAUGUUCUGGAGUGAUCUGGGUCCUGAUGUAGGCUACGAGGCUAUCGGGAUUGUUGACAGCAGCCUACCAACAGUAGGCGUGUUUGCUAAAGCCACUGCCAAGGAUACGCCUAAAGCUGCUACAGAAGAGUCAGGAACUGGGAUCCGCUCAGAAAGUGAAACGGAGGACACAGCCACCAGCGCGGUGGCCUCUGUGACACCUGCUCCUGUCGUGGAGAACAAAGACGACUAUGGCAAAGGAGUCAUCUUCUACCUAAGAGACAAAGUGGUGGUGGGCAUUAUCCUGUGGAACGUGUUUAACAGAAUGCCCGUUGCAAGGAAGAUCAUCAAGGAUGGAGAAGAGCACGCAGAUCUGAACGAAGUGGCCAAGCUGUUCAACAUCCACGAGGAUUAAGACUGUGGGGACGACAAACGUGCACGGGAGGGAGUGGGGCUUCAUGUGACAGCUGAACUCUGGGACUCAUUGCCACAUUCUCUAAGACACAACUGGUCACACAUAACAAAUGAGGAUCAAUGUAAAUUAUGUUGGUGAAAUAUUUUCAUAUUUGGAAUUUAUAUCUGUUGCGCUUGUUUUUACUUUUUGGUUGGCUUGUUUUUCCUCCUUUUAGGAGAAGUCUCUGUGUUAUCUUUCUGCUGUCACCAAACUCUCGUGAUUGCUUAUCUGCAUUCCCCCCCACCAGGCUGCAAAUGUUGCACAUGGGUCGUAGUUUCCUUCGGUGUGAUCAAAGCAGCUUGUUCAGAGGAGAAAAAAAAAGCUGCAAUAAAAGCUAUUUUUAAAUCACUCAUCUCUGUAUUUUCAGUUGUGCUUUUAGAAAAACGACACUGACAGCCGAGAAGUUUACCUCCAUUCGGAGCUUUGAUUGUUUUGACGGUAGUUAAAGUCUGUGUGCUUCAUCUUAAUCUGAACCACUGGAGCAUCAGUGUGUGCUGCUUGCUACAUUUGCUAUGGUUAUGCAUGUGGGCUAUAGUGAUUUGACCACAGAUCAAAAGCACUUAUUUAUCGUUUCAAAUGGGAAAAGCCAGCCUGUAUAAAAAGCACCUGACCACUCCAUUUAACAGUGUGUCGGUAGUAUGAUUUAAUGAAGUUAAUCCAGUUCGCAGUCCAGCGAAAUAUCACUAAAAUGAAGCUUGGCCUACUUUUCUUGUCCAGAGGUAAAAAUGCGCACGCAUACAGAAUUUUUUAUUUAUUUAUUUUUCUUUACUCAGGGCUUCUUGUUAUUAGGGAGGCAUUCAUGUUUUAUAUUCCAACACAUUUCUUAUCCAAUUUGACACUGUGGGCUCCAGAGUGGAGUGGAGAAUGGCCUUUUCAAGUGUGAGGCAAACACGUGCAGCCAUUACGUCCCAUCGCUUUCUCUGACAUUAAUUUUACAUGAGGAAAUGGCUGAGCUUGCCCCCUCUCUAUGUGGAGGAACAAAUAUGAGUUUCCGCAUUUAUAUGUGAAUUUGUGUGGCAGUUUGUAGAUGAAAUAAUUAGACCAGAAACUUUUAACAGCAGUGCUAAAGAUGAAUCCCCUCUGGAUGCGUGCUGACACAGAGAUGUGUUGCAUUGGAAUUAAUAGGAACUUUAUGCCUUUAUCUUAUUUCCCUUCUGCGUGUAACAACAAUCAUGCCAACUUGGCAGUUACCUCUCUGUUCUCCUACUCAAUUUGAGGCCCAUUCAGUGCUGAUGUUAUGUGGUUUUGUAAAUUGAUGGCAAUAAAAAUACAGUUUCACUAAAAAUAUCUUUGAACAACCUGAUUCUAAAAGGAAGAUGGAAGGGUCAUUUUAAUGUAAAGGUUCUCCUCCUUUGUUAUUAAAAUACAGUUUUCAGGCUUA